UCAAGAGUUUGGCAUUUCCUCUGAGCUCAGAGAGAGAGAGAGAGAGAGAGAAAGAGACCGGGAAAAAGAGAAGACAAGAGAGAGAGAACAAGAGGACGAGAGAGAGAGAGAGAACCUGUCUUCACAAAGACAGAUAAACCUGACAUCAUACAGCUCUGGAGAGGAAAAACAGGAGGGACAGAUUGAAGAAGAGAGGAGGAGAAGGAGGGGCAACUUCUGAAGAGGAACUUCAACUGACUUUAAACUGAACAAACAAGCUGGAGAGGAGAAGAAGAAGAAGAAGUGGGAGUUCUGUUACAAGAAGGAAGGAGAGAAGAAGAAGAAUAAGAAUUGGGAGUUCUGUUACAAGAAGGAAGGAGAGGAGACAACGGAGAGAAGAACAUUGAGGCGCAGAGGAGGGAAAAGACGAGAGAGAGAGUCAGCGUGUGUGUGUCAGCGUGUGUGUCAUGAUGGGUUAGCCUUCCCUGACCCUGUCUCAGUUCUCUGGCAUCGCUAAAGAACAAGUCCUAGACAGACAAUAAGAAGAGAAAGAACGAAGGAACCUAGGAGCAACAGAAAGAAGGAGAGAGGGGGAACGAGAAGAGAGAGAGGGAACGAGAAGAGAGAGAGGGAACGAGAAGAGAGAGAGAGUGAGAGAGAGAGGAGGAUGAGUGUGUACACUCUGAACCUGCGGGUGUUCUGGCCUCUGUUGACCUGUGUGUUGACAGGUCUGGUUUUCCACCACCACAUAACCCACUGGCUAAGCCCAGAAUCAGACCCAGAAUCAGGCCCCGAUCCUGGGUACGAGGCUGGGACAGAGCCCUGCUCUGACCAGGGCCCUCCUGUCUUUUUCUCACUCAUCAAACUACUACUGGCCUGUGUCCUCUGCUACCUCUUCAUAAGGUACUGCUCCACCCACCCAGGGGGGCCCCAGAGGGUGCCUCUCGAGACCGCUGACGGGGCUCUGAAAUCGAGUUGUUCUCGUCGAGAGGUCCUGGAGGACUACUACGAGCGCUGGGUGCGUCUGUCUCCUCACGUCCUGGGGCACAGCAAGGCCCACGUGGCUAAACUGGUCGGGGAGCUGGUCAGAGCCGGACGUGCCACUGGAGGUAUCCCAGAGUCCUCUCUGGCGUUCCGGGGAGACUUCCUGCAGGUGGGCAGUUCAUACGAGGAGCACAAGGUGGGCGCUCCAGACUACUAUGACAUCCUGGUACCUCUGAAGAUACCCCGAGAACUGAGACUGGAGCCACGAGUAUACAAGGGGGAGAGGAGGGGGGAGGAGAAGAAGGACGAGAGAGGAGAGGAGAAGGGGGAGGGCAAGAGGGAUGUGAGGGGUGAGGAGAAAAAAGAGAAGGGGGACAAGAGAGCUGAGGAAAAUAACAAGAGAGUAGAGGUUAAAGAGAAUAGGAGAAAGUCAGGGAAGGGGGAGGGCAAGGAGGAUGUGAGGGAGCAGAGGGGGGAGGUUAAAGAGAACGGGAGGAGGUCGGGGAAGGGGGAGGGCAAGGAGGAUGUGAGGGAGCAGAGGGGGGAGGUUAAAGAGAACGGGAGGAGGUCGGGGAAGGGGGAGGGCAAGGAGGAUGUCGGGGAAGGGGGAGGGCAAGGAGGAUGUGAGGGAGCAGAGGGGGGAGGUUAA